AGACAGAAAACGAAUAAAAAUUCCCAUAAAAAUUUUGGUUUUAGACCCCCCUUUUCCCCGUGUUGUUCGAUUUUUUCACUUUUUGGAAAAAAUUUAUUUUUCAAACAAAUUGGCAGAAAUUUGGUUCAUUUCUACUAUUUUUUAUCGAUUUUCUAUUAUUAUGAAUAAUCCCUACCAAAUCCAGCUUCUCACCACCGACCAAAGCCGUGAGGAGACCCAAAGAAACCAAGAAGCGGCGCUGGAAAAUGCAAAGGAGAAAAUCCAAAAGGUUACGGUAUCCGAAAAGCGGUUCCACCUGACAGUUAUCGUCUUAUCACUGGUAAUCAUGGCCCUGAUGAUAGCCCUUUGGGCCAGUUUAUGGCCCAGUGGGAGCUCAAAUGCUCCGAAUGGGAGCCCAGAGACUUGCUGGUCAAAGGAGUGCGUGGGUGUUUUGGCGAUGAUUAAAAACUACCAAAAUGCCAGUGUGGACCCUUGUGAGGACUUCUUCGAGCACACUUGCGGACGUUACUCGGAGCACGUGAUGGAUGAUAACAGCUGGGGUUAUGUGCAGUACAAACAGCUUUUGUAUCAGGUUUUUGCUAUCGCUCGAAAAACCAAUAAAUUCAAUUCAAAACCGAAUGAGCAGUUGAGAAUAUUCACGAAAAGCUGUCUGGAUCGAAAAGAGAUGGAUGAGGACACAUUUCAAGAUUUACGGAAUGAUAUUGAAGAGCGUGGCGGUUUUCCGAUGAUCGAUCCGAAUUGGAAUGAGGAGAAGUUCGAUUUGAGUGAUAUGCUUGCCAAGUACCUUUCGAUCAACCGUAAUCGAAUGGGAUUCUUGUCAGUAGAGCCGUACGCCGCUAUCGAAGGAAACAAGUCUGUGAACAGGCUUUACGUGUCGCCGGGACCUCAUUGGGUGUACAAUUGGGCGAUGGGAAUCUCGAUUUAUAAGGAUUCGGUGGCUUUUAUGCUCCGACGCCUGCUAAAACUUGAAAACCGGGAGCUCAACGAAACGAUCUAUGACAAGGAAUUCGCAGAGCUUGUUCAACUUGAAGCCAACUUCUCCACGCUUGCCGACUAUAGAAACCUGGCGCUGGACAAUGAUAACAUGUCGAAAUCGAGAAAUCUGACGGAUCUCGUGAAAAUGAUCCCGGAGAUCGAUUGGAUCAAGAUUUUGAAGGCGCUGGCGCGCCAUGGAACCAGUGAAGAGGACGAGGAGAAGCUGUUGGAGCGGGUGACAGUUCAUGGGGCUGGAGAGUACUUUUUUGGGGAAAAUCGGGAACUUGCCCGGAUUGCAACGGAAACGCCAAAAUCGGCGCUAGCAAACUACCUCGUGGUCCGACAACUGAUCGAUGUGGCGCUCUACUUUUAUGAUAAGGAUCAACCCAGGCAGAAUAAGUUCUACAACCACGUGGAUCAGCAAUCGUUCUGCGCUACUCAAGUCGCCUCGUUCUUCCCCAUGCCAUCCAUGAACGUUUUCAUCGAGUCGUCCCAGUUCAAAAUAGAAAAUUUGAAAGUUAUCGAAGAAAUGUUCGUGAAGAUCAAGGCUGAAUAUGAGCAGAUUUUCACGGAAAAUGAGUACUUGGAGCUCGAGAUUCGGGAGUUUUUGAUUCGAAAGUUGAAUGCGAUCGAUGGGAAGUUCGGGUUGGAUCAGUACACGGAAGGGAAGCCGUUGCUGGAGAAAAUGUAUGAGACUCUCAACUUCCUGGACACGGACUCCCCGUGGCAGGUGUACAUGAAAAUGUGGCGACACUGGUCCGAACAGCUCGUCGAGCACAUUGUACACGACACCCCGCUGGACCCGGUUAAUUUGAAAAUGUUCGGAACCCAUGCGGCUUACCAGCCCUAUCCUAACCAUUUUUACAUCAAUCUACCAUAUCUGACGUAUCCGUGGAUGGAUGCGGAUUUCCCUGCCAACACGAAUUAUGGGUACCUCGGUUACGUUAUUGGACACGAGAUCGGACAUGCAUUUGAUCAUUUCCACCGGAAACUUGACGAAAGCGGCAGGCAACAACAGUACUGGUUCACCGAGACCAACUCGUCGAAUACAGAGUACGAGCUACGGGAAAAAUGCCUACGGGAUCAGUAUUCGGCGUACAAGGAGCCCGGCUAUGACUUUUUUAUGAACGGGACCCACUGUAGAUACGAGAUCGCCGGAGAUCAUAUGGGAAUUCGGACAGCUUUUCGGGUUUUUGAAAAAGUGAAGAAAGAGGAUAGGUUCAGGCUGCCCGGCUUGGAAAUGUCGGAGGAACAGUUGUUCUUCUAUAACUAUGCAUUUCGACAAUGUGACGUGUACAACCCGAAUAAGUUGCCGAGAAACAUGCUUGCCCGGCAACACCCGACAAAUCGAUACCGCGUGAACGGUGUCAUUCAGAAUAUUCCAGAAUUUGCGGAGGCCUUCAACUGCCCCAAAAAUUCACCAAUGAACCCGGAGAUGAAGUGUAAAUUGUACUGAAUUGUGUAAACUAUGUCUGAUAAAAUUAAUAAAAUUAAUUUUUCAAUUCAAA